CCUCGCUGCCAUGUUGGAUAUACGCAUAGCUACUGCAGCUACCGGAGUUUUCUUAUGAAAGUUGGGAGGAUAUUCUUCCACUGAGACUAAAUCGACAAUCAUAUUAUAUUUCGCUAUUUACCGGGACAUUUAAGGAUACUUUCUGAGCAGGAGCACGGCGUGUUUAGACCCCCUUGGCCCCUCCGCCCUCCACCUCCAGCCCGGAGUGUCUGACUGUCCGAAGGGGGAGAUGAUCGGGUUGCAGGCCGCCGAAGUGACUGCAGCCCGCAUGGAUUUUGUGUAAUUAGCGGCGUUUGCUGAGCCCGUCCGGGAAUAAGUGCACCGUUUGAGGACUGACUUUGAAGACUCGGGACGCCAUGAACAGCCACGCUCCGCCGCGCAAGGCCAUGAACGUCGGCUCCAUCCUGCUGACCCCGCAGGAGAACGAGUGUCUGUUCAGCUACCUGGGCAGGAAAUGUGCUUCUCUGUGCUCGGCCGUGGUCCAGGUGUAUGCGGCGGAUCGCAGCUGCACGUGGCUCAAGAGGUGCUGCGGAGUGGCCUGCCUGGUCAAAGACAACCCCCAGAGGUCCUACUUUAUCAGAGUGUUCGACAUCAAGGAAGGAAAAACGAUGUACGAACAGGAGCUUUACCACAACUUUUCCAUAAGCAGCCCCAGAUCCUACUUCAUCACAUUUGCAGGAGAUACCAGUCAGAUCGGCCUGAACUUUGCCAGUGAAGAGGAGGCAAAAAGGUUUCGAGCUGCCAUCAAUGACCUCCUUAAUCGCAGACAGAGGAAAACUGGUCCGGCGCUGCCUAUGGCCACAGUGGACAUCAAGAACCCGGAGAUCAACAACGUUCGCUUCCACAACUCUCACGGCCACCAUCACCAGCCCCAAGUCCAACAGCAACAACCCUACCACCUCAACAACAUGCUCAGCCACAGCGCGCUCAACAGGAAGGACAAGAAAACCAAAGGCAAGAAGAAGAAGCUGACCAAAGCCGACAUCGGGACACCCAGCAACUUCCAACACAUUGGUCAUGUGGGCUGGGACCCGAACACUGGUUUUGAUUUGAAUAACUUGGAUCCUGAGCUGAAGAACUUGUUUGACAUGUGUGGGAUCUCAGAGGCACAGCUCAAAGACAGAGAAACGUCCAAAGUCAUUUAUGACUUCAUAGAGAAGAAAGGAGGAGUGGAGGCUGUGAAGAACGAGCUCCGGAGGCAAGCGCCGCCUCCUCCUCCGUCCCGCGGUGGUCCUCCUCCGCCGCCCCCUCCUCCUCACCACAGCACAGCGCCCCCUCCACCUCCUCCUCCGUCCCGGGGCGGCCGUGGUGCUCCUCCUCCCCCUCCACCCUCCAGAGCCCCAGCUUCCGCCCCGCCUCCCCCUCCACCGUCCCGCCCCGGAACCCUGGGCGCACCUCCUCCACCUCCUCCCCCCUCCAGAGGACACCAACUGCCCCAACAGCACCACCAUCACCACCAGCCUCCUCCUCCUCCGCCCCCAUCCCACGCAAGCAUAACCCCUCAGUCGGCACCUCCUCCCCCUCCUCCUCCCCCAUCGGCACCAUCCCAGCAACAGUCGACCCCCGCCGCCCCGCCACCACCUCCCCCUCCGCCUCCUCCACCCCCAGGACCACCCCCACCCCCGGAGAUGGAUGGAGGGGGCGGGGACAGCCCUCACUCGCCCAGCCCAUUAGGAGGCGGGAAGUCGGCCCUGCUGGAGCAGAUCCGAGGCGGGACGCAGCUCAAAAAAGUGGAGCAGAACAACAGACCCACGCCCGCCUCCACCACCGGGCGGGACGCCCUGCUCGACCAGAUCAGACAGGGCAUCCAGCUCAAGACUGUGUCCGAUCUGCCCGAGUCCAGUCCCCCCACACCAGCUCCCACUGCAGGCAUCGUGGGUGCGCUCAUGGAGGUGAUGCAGAAGAGGAGCAAAGCCAUUCAUUCUUCAGACGAAGACGAGGAUGACGAAGAAGAUGAAGACUUUGAGGAUGACGACGAAUGGGAGGACUAGAACACAACACUAAACUCUUAAACUCUUCCAGAAUCGGACUUCACUACAAUGUAAUGUAAAUGUUGUAUGAACUCAGUACAUAUUUAUUUUUCGCCUUUUCAUUUUAUUCUAAUUAAUCCGUGCAAUACCUCAUCCGUUCAAUCUGCACACCUCCCCUCGCCUAUCCUGUCCCGGGACGUCCCAUCUUGUUGCUAUAGAAGGCACUUAACCCUGUCAUCACCAUUUAUAAAUAAUAGAAUACAGCAUACUAGAAAUGCUUAUAUGAAGAAAAAACUGGGAGAUCUUUUUUAGUUUGUAAUUUUUGUUUUUUUGUCAUUCCUUGCAAAAGAAAAGGGAUAAUAUCUGACCAAAACAGCACAAUUAUAAGCUUAAAUGUGAGAACGCUAUUAGUCCUAUCUUUUGUUUUGAAUUAGAAAUGGUAGACUUUUGUUGUUUUUACUUUUAUUUUUUGACCAAACUACAAGGCGUCUGCUUCCAUGUCUUCUACUUAUAUUUUUAUGUGUUUGUUUGCACACUUUAUAUAAUGUCUUUGUUUAAUUUCUUGUGUGUUUGUUGGAAAAACAAUUUGCGUUCACAAAUGUUUUAAGUCUGAAAGUGGUGUGCUAGCAAAAAAUGACUGACAAGAACUGAGUAGGCAUUGGGCAGUUGGUGGUUGAGUGGUUAUGGAGGACUAAUGCAGUUGCAAUGUAUUUACUAAAGUAUAUUAUAUUUUCCAUGAAUAAUGAGCAAAACUUAAGAAUCAUAGAGACUUGGUAUUACUACAAUGUUUUAACUUCCUACAAGUAAAAAUUAAAUCCAUCUAAUAUUGAAAAGGAAUUGUUCUGUGUUGAAACAUCAACUCUAACCCAUUUUAACACUAUUUUUUGAAAAUCUCAGGCUGUGUCCAAAUGUCCACACUAUUGCCUACUAUUCCCUACUAUCCUUCUUUAGGCACUAUUUAGGGGUCAUGCAAUUUUUAGUGGUGUUCGGAUGUCCAGUUGGUUAAAAAUUACUUUUCAAGGUGCAUUGUGGGAAACUUGUGCGCUAGUGUCCACUGCUGGUCACUGGACUAGUCAAUAUCAACCACAGGGCAUCACGACAGUGGGAAAAACCACAGCCAGACAGCGACAGGUCAAACUGGACACAACACGACUGAAUGAAAGCAGACAGAGGUGCUGCGUUAUUGCGCUGUUGAUCAGUAAUUAUGAAUAAAACAAAUAAACUGUUACUGUGUAAAGUUCACCCGAAUGUACUGAGUUGUGUGUCUGAAUCGCGCUGUGAAUGACUGCACUAAAGAGUCCACUAAAGAGUACAGGGCUGUGUAGUGAGUGUGGGUUUAGGGACUAGGGUGGACAUUCAGACACAGCCUAAAACUUUGAAAUUUAUCAUUGCACUCUAUCAAAGCAAUUGACAUUUUUGUAAUAUACAAAAUGCUUGCUUAUACUGGUUUCUAAAUGUGAUUAAAAUGCUUCAAGUGUUUCCUAAACUAGUUUAAUAUAAAGCCUGCUCAUGCUACCAACUCUGCUAAAAUUCUGCAAUAGCUUUGACCUAUGACCCAUCUCAUGUAAGUUACUACACCAAAAUAACCACAAACUGUUCCAUGCCUAUUGAAGACUAUUGCAAUUGAAAACUAUGGCAUUUUAUAUUUGUUCACUGUUACCUUUUGUUCCUCUUGUUACAGCUGUGCUCCGGUCAGUAUUUCAAAUAGUGUCACAUUAUAAUAAGUAAUAUAUGACAGAAUACUAUAGAGAAAUGUUACUACUCUACUCUUCUCCUGUCUAUGAUUUAACAAACUGUACAAUGUUAUGCAACGUGACUGUAAAUGCCUCCAUGUGGAGAAAAAAGCAAAUAACCAUGAUGAACCAAAAGUGCGCGAGCAGCUUGGCGAUGCGCGUGAGAAUCGUUUUAACUGUUCGUCUUAAAAACGUUUUUACCGUCCUCCAGCUGAGGCCUGAUGCUGCAUCGAGAAGCCCUUAUAACUGACAUUGAACCUGUGAAUGGGGCGGGAGGGAGGG